ACAGGGGCUGAAAGGGCCAGAACUUUAAGAACAAGACUCAAAGUAGAUGUUGAGAGGUAUAAGGCCUAUAAGAACAAAGACAAAGAAAGGAAAAGAGUGCAAAGAAAAGGUCAAGCCCUUAGUCCAAGAGAAGUUGCAAGAAGGAAGAAACUCAUCCGUGAAAGAGUCAGAAAAUACAGGCAAAGACAAAAAGAGAAGAAAGCAAAAAACUCUUCCCAAGACCAAGAUGUAUCACAAGCUUACCAAACACAUCAAGCUCUAGGAAAGGCUCUUGGUAAGGUCAGCAGCAGAGUGCUUCCCCAACGCCCCAAAAAACGAAAGGCUGUGGUUUUCAAACUAGCACAUGCUUCAGGUUUUCUUAGGAAAAAGAAGUGCACUAGAGGUAACAGAGGUCUUCCAAAAGAGACGGUAAAUCUUGUUAAAGUUUUCUUUCAGCUUGACUCCAUCUCUCGCCAAGCACCAGGCAGAAAAGACUUUGUCACUGUUCGGGAAAACAACACAAAACAUCAUAUCCAGAAAAGGCACUUGUUGUGGUUCCUAAGGGAAUGUUAUAGCAUAUUCAUGAAAGAAAACCCCACCACUGAGAUUGGCUUUAGUAAGUUUUGCUCCUUAAGGCCAGUGAAUGUCUUGCUUUCUGCUGACAUGCUGAAUGUCUUGCUUUCUGCUGACAUGCCUAGAGAUGUUUGUCAAAAUGCUUUGUGA